CAAGAGAGUCGCUGAAGUUUGGAUGGAUGAGUACAAAGAUUACUUAUACAUGAGACGGCCACAUUACAGAGAUCUUGAAGUAGGUAACCUCACCACUCAAAAGGCUUUAAGAAAAAGACUGGCAUGCAAACCAUUUAGGUGGUUCAUGGAAACUGUGGCUUUUGAUCAACCAAAAAAGUAUCCCCCUAUAGAACCACCUGAUUACGCCAAAGGGGAGCUUCGAAACAAAGCUACUAAUUUGUGUGUCGAUACCAAGUACCAAAGCCAAAAUGAGAAGUUUGGACUGGAAAAAUGCAUCAAAGAUGAUCCGAAACAGCAAGGAGAACAGCAAUUUGUGUUGUCUUGGCACAAAGACAUCCGUCCUCUGAAACGAACGCUGUGUUUUGAUGUUUCCAGUUCCGAAAAGCGAGCACCUGUUGUACUGUGGAAUUGCCAUGGUAUGCAAGGGAACCAGCUUUGGAAAUAUGAUGUGGAAAGCAGCCAUUUAAUACAUAUGUUAACUGGAAACUGCUUGGACUGUAAUAUGCAUGGAAAAGAAAUAUUCAUGAACCCGUGUGACCGAAACAAAGAAACUCAGAAAUGGAAAUUUGAAAGCAUAAAUGUUACAGCCAUUUUAAAUUGGUGAAAAGUGGAUUAUAUUUUGUAUGACAACUGAUACUGAGAUGAAGUAACACGAUUCUCCUUUUCAUACAGAAAUGAGGAAAACAAUAUGAGUUUCAUUACAAAAAUAUUAUUUCUUGUAAUUUUUUUCAUUUGGAAUGGUAAUUGUACUUUAUAUACAAAGCAUGAUGUUAUUUUAACAUAAUUAAUUAUAUAAAAUAAACGUACGUGUUGUUUU